AGGUGAAAUUUGUCUGCUUGAAUCAUAUUUGUACACAAAUCAAAAAAUUUGAUUUCUCUAAUAAAUCCACUGUUUUAAUAUUGUUUAAGUAUUAACGAAUCAAUUCAGUUUGUUUGAUUGCUUUCAAAAACGUUAUAAUGUCACUAAAAGAUGAGGAGAAUUUAAGCAGAAAACGUAAAAUAGAAAGUGAUGAAGAAUCGGAAGAAAAAAAUGCAAAACGAAAGUUUCUAACAUCAGAUCCACAAUUUGCACUAUUACAUUUGCCAGAUGAAGUUCUUAUUGAGAUAUUGAGCUAUCUUGACAGCGAAAGUUUACGUAAUCUUGGGCAGACAUGUCUGCAACUUAAACUUCUCUCUCAAGACAAAAAACUUUGGACACACAUGAAUUUCACAAGCAGGGAGUUUGAUUUCUGGGAAAUUCUGAAAAGAUUAAAACUUCUUCUAGUGACAACAAAAUCAUUAAAUAUUCAAGGAGACUGUAAGGAGGAAAAUAUGCAUUCACGACCGAUGCCAAAUCGACAAACAUUUAAAGAAAUAAUCAAAAGAAUUGUUAAUCGCUCUCCACUAAUUCAACAUCUUCUCUUCAAGAAAGUUUGGUUCGAUUGGACUCGAAAUUUUUCCAUAUCAAAAUUCCCAGCAAAUCUUCGUUCUCUUUCAUUCUCACGUUGCAUCAUGCCAAAGGUUAGAAACCAUCGCAUGGUUCACACUUUUACAGGAAUCGUUGAGCAUAUGCCUCAAUUAGAAGAGCUACGUAUCGAAUAUUGUAAUUUCUUCGAAUCAAACGAUGUUAUGCCGUUUUCAAAGCUUCAAAAUCUGAAAAUUUUAAGUCUCCGUGGAUGUCGGAAAAUGAAGAAUUGUGUUCCCUAUUUGUCGCUUGCAUGUCGUUUUGGAUUUCCAAAGUUGGAAGUUUUUGAUCUUCGUGAAACAAAUGUUUGUGAUGGUGAAUUAAAUUGUUUAAAUUCGAUAAAAUCCUUGAAGGAACUUUAUCUUGAGCAUCGAGAAACAGAACAGCGUCAUGAAUCUGACGAUGAAGACGACUUUGAAUUAUUUUUGCGUAGGACUCGAAGGCCAUCGAGAAGACUAAAUAACACUGAGCAGUCACCAAGAGUCGCUCCACGAGAACCAGUACCCUCGACAUCAAGGCAUCUAGAUAAUAACGACGGAGAUUCGUCGUCUUCUGAAAGUUUUUCAGAUUCGAUGUCUUCUUCUUCAUCAUCUUCAUCAAAUGAAGAUAUGCCGUAUCGGACAAUUGUGAUUAGAGCGAACAUCAAUCCUGAAGAACCGGUGGAAGAAAAUCCACCAAAUGCUGCGAAUCCUCCUGUUCAUGUUGUUCUUGGCAAUAAUUAUCCACAUGCAAGACGUUAUCUCCAAUUUGGGAUAAAUAGUGCUCGUAAUUAUGAACCUUUGACUGUAAGUGAUCGUGGAAUGCUUGGAUUUGGUUUUCCACGUCCCAAUUUGCUCGGUAAUCUUGUGUACUUUGGAAGUCAACCACCCGAUCAUAACACAUAUCUUGAAAGAAUCGUGUUGAGAAACUUUAGAAAUAUCACUGAUACCACUCUGUCCCACUUCGAAACAAAUGCUCCAAGACUGAUUCAAUUAGAUGUUCGGGGAUGUCCCCAAAUAACAAGAGAAGCAGUUGAAAGGUUCAAGGCAGCGCGAACUCAAUGUGAAUUGUCCUCAAAUUACGAUAAUGAAGAAUGA